UCAAUGAGUCACGAUUAGAAAGAGGAAUAUAAAGCUGUUUUUAUCCUGUCCUGCAGGCGGCGCAGUCCUGACCAGCGGUCACUUCUGUUCUUCACUUCAACAUGGCGCUGUACGGGAGAAGAGCUCUUUCUCUUGGACGCUGUGCAGUUCGCUUGCUGAGCACUGCCAUCAGGACAAGGCAGGUACACUUCACACUGCCUUCAGUCAUCAGGAGGAACUGGAUUUCAGUCGGCAUCUCGGCAGGCCUGUGUGCCGUCCCCUUUGUACAGGACAGUGAAUCCCAUGAAGCCUUAAUCCGUAGAGCCUCGUCUCUGGUGACCGACAGUACCAAUAGUUUUCUGUCUCAGACCACACUGGCACUAGUGGACUCACUCACUCAGUAUACUAAGGCAGCGCACACCCUUAUAACUCUGCACAAGCGCUAUGUGGCGAAUAUCAACAGACUAAAUCCUGAAGAUGAGAGCGCAGUGUGGCAGGUGAUAGUUAAGAAGCGUGAGCAGCUCAUCAAAUACAGAGAUGACUGCAAGCAAUUUGAAGAAUACUGGAGGAGUGCGGUUCGUCUGUCACGGCUGGCCACUGAAGCAGCCUUUAAUGCAGGAGCUGACCAGGCAUCAGCCACAGCUGCGACUAACUUGCAGAUAGCACAGUCUCAUGUAGACGAGGCUCGACAGCGCUCCCGUGAAGCAGACCAGAAACUAAUGGACAGCAAAGCGGAGUACAGCCGGAGGCUCCAGAGCACUUUACCUGUAGAAAACGAGGAAGAAGUCCCAGAGGCUUAUCUGAGAGAGGACUAGUGAUGAGCAGCAUCAUAAAGACACAUGCAGCUCUUCAUCUUCUCCAAUCCAGUUAGGAGCUGCUUCUGUGUCUGCAAUUUAGAUGUUUUUGCACAAUGUUUUUUAAUAAUGAUUUUCUAAUAAAAAAAAAAAUGACGCAAGAAAGCAUAAAAACAACGGCCAAAAGUAACAGAAGUAAAAAGCAGAGUAGGCAAGCCAUUCCUACACAUAUUUCUAUAUUAUUAUUAUUUCUUUUUUUAUUUGUAUUUAUUUGUAAUAAUUUGGUUUAGAGAUGCUAUCAAAUUCUAGUGUAGUUUAAUUUCUAUUAUUAAUUUUAAGAAGUCAGUAAAUGUCAAAAGUGUCAUUGAUCUGUAAAAAUCAUUUUAGAAGAAUCCCUAAUAUGUGAUUUACAAUGCCUUGAAUUUUUACUUUGUCUCAGGAUUUUUAGCUCUUCAAAUGCGAAUGUGGGGGUCAGUUGGAGGAAAGUGGAAGCCUCAUGCUUUCAGUGCAAAACGGUAGAGGGCUCUAAAUAUUGCAAAUGCUCCUUUAAUGUGAGACUAUUAACCUGAAAUACUGUUAGUGUUUACUGAAGCCUUUACACUGUUUAUUUGCUCUCUCUGUCUGUGAGGGAGUGAGAGAGAGAGAGACAGAAAUCUUGGAUUCUGGGCUCUUGUGAAACUCUGUGCUGUAUAUGCUGAUGGAAAAAAAACUGUCUUGACGUGACAUGUACUGCAUUUUGUUCAAAUUAAAGAUGCUGUCUCAA